GCUCGCCAGUCGAUAUUGAGCGUCCAGGCGUGCGGCGGUAGUGAUGUGGGCACGCGCUGCACGCGCAAGGUUGCAGCGUUACCGCCGUCGCCACCGCCGAAUUCGUCCCGUCAACUGCGCCACAAGGAGGUCCAAUGCGGAAUAAGCGGCGCCCUCUGGGGGCAUGGGCGAGCCGCCACUGCGCCACGGCUGCGAUGACCAUUGGUCGUGGGACCGGCGAGACUGCAGCCACGAGGUCCGCCUCUACGGGCCCUUCCUGCAGGUGGCACACUUCCAUCCUAACUGGAGCAGUGGAACAGCUGGGGUGCGAGGAACACGGGUGCUCAAUCAUGGCCGCUACUACUGGGAACUGCGAGUGUCACACCGUGUCUUCGGCACCAGCAUGAUGUUCGGCGUGGGUACACGGCGUGCUCGUUUACAUGUUGACGCUUUCAAGAACCUGCUUGGAGAGGAUGAAAAUGGAUGGGGGCUCUCGCACAAAGGCCUGCUGUGGCAUGGUGGCCGCUGGACACACUACACACGCCCCUUUCAGGAGAAUGAAUCUACAACUAUUGGAAUCUUAUUUGAUGGGAUAGCAGGAACAAUUACAUACUACAAGGAUGGGGCUUGCCUUGGUGUUGCUUUCAGAGGCCUUAAUGAGGUGCGUGAGCCCCUGUAUCCCAUUGUUUGUUCAACUGCAGCAAAGACUGAAAUGACAUUAAUAACAACAAAACGUGAUUUUGUAAACCUGCAAGAUCGUUGCCGAGCUAUCAUUCUGAAGUAUGUGCGCACACGGAGUGACCUACAGCUUCUUAAACUACCACAAAGUAUCAAGGAAUAUUUGUCUGAGACUCUAACAGACACUGUUCAAAUAUUCAAGCCAUGCAAUGAAUAUGUGCAUAUAGUGUGAUAUUAAUGAAUUACUCAGGUAUUUGUAUGAGAAGUACAUAGUUUGUUUUAUUUAUUGAUUUGCUUUUAAUUUUGUGUGGACAUGCAAAAUUGUUGUUAUAGGUGUGAUUAUAGCACACGUUUUAAUGCUCAUCUGGAUGGUACAGUGAUGUAAACUGGCAAACAGGUAAAAUAAGGGAAAGGCUGCUACUCACCUAUAAUGGAUAACAGAAAACGUAUUCACACUAGCUUUUGAGCAAUGGUUCUUUUUCCAGCAAUAGCACACAUACACACACAGCCACACAGACUUCCAAACGCAUGCUUGCUGUAGUGAUGGGAGUGUGCAUUUGGGUUUCUGUGUCAAUGUGUGUGUAAAUGUGUGUACUACUGCUAGAGAAAGAGCUAUUGCUCAAAAGCUAGUGUGAAUGUUCUUUUCUGUUGUGUGUUUAUAUACUCCAUGCAUUGAUCUGCUACAGGUGAGUGGUUGCCUUUCCUUUAUUUUACAUUUUGCUCC